AUGAAAUAUCCUACUAUUUCUGAGAUGGCUAGGGAUAUUCUUGCUGUUCCUAUUUCCACUGUUGCUUCUGAGUCGGCAUUCAGCAUAGGAGGUCGAGUUUUAGAUUCGUUUAGGAACUCUUUAUCCCCUGAAGUUGUGGAGGCUUUGAUUUGUUGUGAAGAUUGGAUAAGAUCUUCAGACUCCGAGUUGGUGGCUGAUGGAGAAGAUGAGGGUGAUGAAGUGGUAUUUCAAAAUGUAUAUGCAGCUUUUCAAGCUCGGAGUGCAAGUGCACCUGCAGGACCUAGUGGAAGCUCUCCUGCUACCCAUGUUUUGGUCUCGAGUCCUACUAUGUCACAAGUGGAAGAAGACUAUGCCGACAACAAUUCCGAUGAGAAUGAUGAGACUUAUGUAGAUGUAGAGCCUGAUGAGGAGUGA